UAAAAUGUCAGAUCCCGAUCAGGAUGAGAUGAGACGGAAACGUCUGGCAAGAUUAAGCCAACCUGGAUCUACAACCAAAAACAGUUUAUCACAGGAUUCAAGUCUAGCGUUAAGUCCAACAGCUGGAGGUAGCAUAAGCAGUCCCUUAGCAGGGGGAGCAGUAGGCGGGGCGCAAGGGUACACGCCCCCUUCUUCUGGGGCGGGGAUAACAAGCCCCACCCUAGAGGUUCCAAACUCUUCUCCCAGAGAUAAGGAAAGUCCUGAAGCUAUGGAGGUUGGUUCUCUCAAGAGUGGAGCUAGCCAGGUGUCUUUGGACUUUGACUCAGGGAUUGAGAAUAUGGACGUUGAUGAGAAGAAGGAAUCUCCGAGUAAGCGGAAUAGAACUGUUAGUUAUAACGAAGCAACAGUUCCCCAGAUCAGAACAUCCCUGCAGAAUAUACUAAACAUUGGUUUACCUGGAACAGACGGGAAUGCAAGGACAGCUUCUCUAACAUCCCCGGAGAUCAGUAUACUCCUGGAGAAUGGAGAUCUUGAGACUGAUGCUAAUCUUAUCUCUAUCCUGCUCUCAGAUAUUAUAGCUCAGCUCUCAUCAAAUCUAACCCCAGAAAAAGUUGUGAAAUAUCUGGUUUCCUGUUACUCACGAAGUUAUGAAGAGGAAGCAACUAUGGGAAGACGGGCCACUGUACCUCCACUCUCCGAUAUAUUGGACUCCACUAGACAACAGCUGGUUACUCAUAUAAGCCUGGUAGCUGAGGGUGGAUGGCAGGAUGAACCGACUAAUCAGUUUAGUUCUCCUCUCUACCAACCACUAGUGGGAGAGGAGUCUCCUCAAGCUCUUCUAGAGAACCUUGUUGAUUCACUUCAUCAGGACUCUGUUCGGUUUUCUGCUGUAUUCAGUCCUCUUCUUCAACAUUGCCUCUGUGAGGUGCGUAAGGGUCGAAUGGUAGAGCAGAAGUACGUUCCACCGGUUCUAGUUCUCCGACACCUCUGUGAGGUUCGUCUCUCUACUGGUAUCCGACCUGUUUGUGACCUUCUCACCCAGCAGGCUCAGUGGCUCCCUGAACCUGUGAGUACUGCUGAGGGUCUGGAGAUGGUUGGAUUAUCCUUCCUUGGUCCUUUCAUGGCUCCUUCCGUCUUCCCGGAGGAGGACCCAGGGGUCGCAGAAAAAUAUUUCAAGGAGAAACCAGCUGCCCCCCUCCUUAAAUCAGCUGCCAAGGAACUAAAGACUGAGCUAGAUUUCCUACGAAACCAACUGCACUGCAUUGUACACGGUGUACUCGCCAACUCCAGUACAAGGGAGGCAGGGCUAAACUAUAUUUCACAGAUUCUAGCCAGGAAUAAUAAAAGAAAACAGUUGCAGGCAAACGAGAGACUUAUUGCAGGUGAUGGGUUUAUGUUGAACCUGCUGACCAUAAUGCAGCACUUGUCCAGUAAGGUUAGGAUGGAUAAGGUAGAUCCUGCCUACCUUCACAGUCAGGGGUCCAGGAUUAAGCUAACAGAUGAAUCUCGUCUGAAAGCUACUACUCAGGAAGUAGAAGAAUAUGCUCAAUCUUUAGUAAGCUCAGGAACUGUAAAGGAAGCAAACUUCCCUACAGAAUGCUGGUUUCUUACACUUCAAGCACAUCAUAUAGGAAUUUUACCAAUUAUUCGUCGGUAUCAACGCCGUCUUCGGCACCUGCGCGACCUACAGAAGAUGGUUGAAGACCUGGAGAAAUCUGAAUCCACGUGGAAGAAUAUGCCGCUAGAUGCCGCCAGGAACAGAGCCCAUAUCAAGAAGCUGAAGUCUCAAAUCAAGAAGCAUUCAAGAUCUAAAUCCUGCUCAGAUAUUGGACUCCUGGAUGAUGCGCUGUUUACCAGAUGUAUGAGUUUCUACUCCAGCGCUGCGUUGCACAUGCUCAGGUUAUUGGAGCCUGUGAAUCCCCACCAGCCUAAGCUCCCGCUCUCUGCAGAACCUGAAUUACUGUUCAAACUACUCCCGGAGUGGAUUGUUGACGAUAUGGCGGAUUUCCUACUGUUCGGUGUCCAGUUUCUACCCUGGGUAGUAUCCAACUGUCUGGAUGAUAUAUUCCUCACCUGGCUUCUUACUAUCCUCUGUCAUCCACAGUAUUUUUCUAAUCCUUAUCUUGUGAGUAAACUGGUUGAGGUUCUAUUUGUUGUGAAUCCUGCAGUACAAGAGAGAACUACAGAAGUUUAUACCAGGAUAAUGUCGCACCCUAUUUGCGAAGAGUUUUUGCCUAGUGCUCUUAUGAGAUUCUACACCGACGUGGAGCAGACAGGAUCUAGCAAUGAGUUCUACGACAAGUUUACCAUCAGAUACCACAUCUCUAUCAUCAUGAAGUCCAUGUGGGAGUCCCCUGUACACAAGAUGGCGAUCAAGACAGAAUCUACGAAUGGUAAACAGUUUAUCAGGUUCAUCAACAUGAUGAUGAACGACACCACGUUCCUCCUGGACGAGUCCCUCUCCGCCCUCACCAGGAUUAACGAGGUCCAGGCGGAUAUGGCGGAUCCUGUAAAGUGGCGAACUCAAAACCAGGAAACCCAAUCUAGUCGUCAUAGACAGUUAAACCAAGAUGAAAGACAAUGCCGGAGCUAUCUCACACUAGCCAGAGAAACGGUUGAUAUGUUCCAUUAUCUAUCCGAGGGUGUCCAGGAUCCCUUCCUUCAGCCCGAGCUGGCUGACCGACUCGCCGCUAUGCUGGACGCAGUCCUGGAACAGCUGACCAAUGGUCCUAAGUGUAAGAACCUGAAAGUGAAGAACCCCGAAAAGUAUGGUUGGGAACCAAAAUGGUUGCUCUCUCAUAUUAUUGACAUAUAUCUGCAUCUUGAUGGGGAUAAGAUGGCUAAAGCGAUCGCUAACGAUGAACGAUCAUUCAAACUUGAAACCUUUCAGGACGCUGUGAGAAGAAUGGAAACUACUCUGAGUAGAAAUCCCAACGAUAUAAAUCAGUUUAGAGCAUUGUAUGAGAAGGCGAACAAGAUGGUAAUAGAGAAGAUGAAACAGGAAGAUGAUUGGGAGAACGUACCAGAGGAGUUUGAAGAUGCUAUUAUGGGAACUGUUAUGGAGGAUCCUGUGAUACUACCAACCAGUGGAAAGAUUAUGGAUAGAAAGAAUAUUAUAAGGCACUUGUUGUCGACCCCAAAUGACCCGUUUAACCGGCAGCCGUUGACCGAGGACCAACUGAUCCCUGCAACCGAGCUUAAGGAGAAGAUCAAGCAAUGGAAGCAGACUCAGAAGGAUAGAAAUAAAUAAAUCCACAAGACGGAGUUCAUCAUGGAAUUUAGUUUAUUUAGGACAUGGCAUAAAAUGCAACAAAUUAACAAAAUCUAAUAUUAAUAAAUUUUUGUUAAAUCUGCAUUUUAAACCGUAUCUCAAUUCUCGGGUGUUUUCCAACAUUUCACCUGCGGUAAAACUUUAAAGUAGAAACUCGAGGAAAACCCUGUUUAAGCAAUGUGCGUCCCUUUAACCUUAAAAAAUGCAAGGGGCAAUUGUUGAUGAAAUGUUUAGUAAAUUUUUGAUUUCUUAGAUUUAAAAAAUGGUGGAAUUUUAUUGAGUGAAAAGUUUUCUUACUUAAUACUGUUCUCGGAUAAAGAUUAUCAAACCACCAACAAUGGACCAUGGAUACCGGUUCAAUUGGACCUCGAACCGUGGACCAACAAGAAUCUGAGUGAUCAUGAAUCACGGAUUCCUUCUUUCAGUUUUUAAUAAAUUUUAAUAAGUGUUGAUAUAGUUGUAAAUGUAAAAAAAUUCUUGUAAAAUUGUUAAGAGAGAAAAAAAAACAAAUAAUGUGCACAGUGUAACUUUGUAUGAGCACCAUUGUGUAUCUUUCCAAUUUUAUAACUUUGCUUUCUAAGAAUGAGUUUGGACCAACUCUAUAUCUUCAUCUUGGUAUCGACAGAAAAGACCAAACUUUUAAAAGGAAAUUUAAGAUCACUGAAUUAUUUAUGUCACGUGAUAUUUAGUAGUUGCAGCCUUGGCAGGUUUUAUUUCUUGACUGAAUAUAAUUUUAAAGUUGUAAUCUUGUGAUUUAAUAAAACCUGCUGCAGAUGCAUCCAUUAAACCUGUAUAGUGUAUACUGUAUAGUCUAUAUAUGUCUUAUUGUCCAUAUUUAAUUAUUUUCAGA